AUGUCUGCUUGCGAUCUUCCACCUUGUCCACCGUGCCCUCCGCGAGCACCUGCACCAUGCCCCCAAGUAUGUCCACCUCCGCCUCCGCCGCGCCCAUGUUACCCGAAACCCGUCAUGCGCGGACUGCACUACGCUCAGACAAAGUCGGUAGUUACUAAAGCCUUAGCACUGUCAGCAUUGUCGGGCUUUUGUACUUAUGCAUUCCUUGGGUAUCCCCGCAGGGAAGCUUACAGAGAUUACUACGAGAAAGGAGAAUUUGAAGAUUGGGCUGAGGAAAUGGCAAGGAAAGGCUUAUUUCAAGCAGUACCAUCAGAUACUUUGAAAGAUAAACCACAAUAA